CAGAGCGCCAGUCAGCCGACGUCAACACAGUGCCGCGCCGAGAGUGAGAUAACAGUUGAGUCCCAUGAUGCCUUUCUCUGAUCAAAGAUCGUUACGACGUGAAACUACUCAGCACAGCAAUAAUGUUCCAUUCCCAAAUUUGAAUAUGGAUUUGGAAAUGCAUCGUCUGCUCACCUUUCCAUUCCAACUCUUCCGAGGACUCAAAUUUGAUCUGCUCCGCAUGCUGGCAAAAGAAGAAUUUUAUUACGAUCAUGAGUGUGGAUUUGUACGCUCAAUUUUCUACGCGAUGACCAUCAGUGCAGUAGAACUUGCUCAAAUAUUAUCUCACAAUAUUGAAGAUGCUGAAAAGAUUAUUUCCGGAAGACUGCUACAGUUAAAUUGUGAUAUUUCGAGAAAUGUGCCAAUAGGAAAUGUCGACGGCGUACUGAAUUAUAAAUUCGAGUCACACCGUUUAUAUUCUCUGCUGAAAAAUGUAGAUCAUUUUCCGCACGUUAAUAUCUACGAGUUGGCAAAAAGUGGCUUUUACUACUUAGGAGAAAAGGACAAUGUCAAAUGUGACUUCUGCGGAUUGGAAAUUCAUGGAUGGGAGCAGCAAGACAAGCCCGACGAUGAGCACCUCCGUUGGAACGAUAAGUGUCCUUUUAUGCGCAAUGAUAAAAAUGUCACCGCCAACAACAUCCCGAUCGGCAGUGAGCAGAUCGAUUCAGUCAAAAGUGACGCCAUUGGUAGCAUGGCCAAUGUUACCACGACACCUAUUGGCCAUAGGCCUGACAUCGUCCCUGCUGACGGUGCUGCUGGAGGCCAUUUUCCGCAUCAAGUUCAGGAAUUUCAACCUGGUGGUGAUCCUGUUGAAGCUGCACAACCUGAGCCUGACGGUCCGCAACAAAAUCCUGAAGGAAACUAAGCUUUGCACAGGAGAAACCAACCUUGAACCUACCUGGAACCAAUCAGUGGAAAUUUUCCGGAUACCAUAAAAAGUUGCGAAGCGACGUGGUGCUAAAAUAAAAUUAAACAAUAAAACCUUGAA